GGAGCAGAAGUAGUGUUUACUCUCCAGAGAGCAGUGUGAGGAAAACUGGCUCCUAUAUCUAUGAAGAGUUCAUGCCAACUGAUGGCACAGAUGUGAAGGUGUAUACAGUAGGGCCAGAUUACGCUCACGCAGAGGCUCGUAAGUCCCCUGCUCUCGACGGGAAAGUUGAGCGAGACAGUGAAGGCAAAGAAAUCCGCUACCCAGUCAUGCUCACUGCUAUGGAGAAGCUUGUGGCCCGUAAAGUGUGUCUGGCAUUCAAGCAAACAGUGUGUGGAUUCGACCUCCUCCGAGCCAACGGCCACUCGUAUGUGUGUGACGUUAACGGAUUUAGCUUUGUGAAGAAUUCCAUGAAAUACUAUGAUGACUGUGCUAAGAUCCUGGGAAAUAUUGUGAUGAGGGAGCUGGCUCCACAGUUCCAGAUCCCCUGGUCCAUACCUACAGAGGCAGAGGACAUUCCUAUUGUACCCACUACAUCAGGGACCAUGAUGGAGCUGCGCUGUGUGAUAGCUGUGAUCCGUCAUGGAGAUCGUACACCAAAGCAGAAGAUGAAGAUGGAAGUUCGGAAUCCCAUGUUUUUUGAGCUUUUUGAAAAAUAUGGUGGGUAUAAAACAGGCAAGCUGAAGCUAAAGAAACCCAAACAACUGCAGGAAGUGCUGGACAUUACCAGGACACUCUUGACAGACAUAGGACAACAUACUGACUGUGAAAUUGAGGAGAAGAAGUCCAAGCUUGAACAACUAAAGACUGUUCUAGAAAUGUAUGGCCAUUUCUCUGGAAUCAAUAGGAAAGUGCAGCUAACCUACCUUCCUCAUGGACAGCCCAAAACAUCCAGUGAGGAGGAAGAUACUCGUAAGGAGGGCCCCUCUAUACUGCUGGUGCUGAAGUGGGGGGGAGAGCUGACUCCAGCUGGCAGAGUUCAGGCUGAAGAACUUGGCAGGGCUUUUCGCUGCAUGUAUCCUGGAGGUCAAGGGGAUUAUGCUGGCUUUCCAGGCUGCGGCCUGCUCAGGCUACACAGCACCUACCGGCAUGACCUGAAGAUCUAUGCCUCUGAUGAGGGCAGGGUGCAAAUGACUGCUGCUGCCUUUGCGAAGGGUCUCUUGGCACUGGAAGGGGAACUGACACCGAUCCUGGUCCAGAUGGUAAAGAGUGCAAAUAUGAACGGCCUGCUGGAUAACGAUAUCGAAUCCCUCAGUGGCUGUCAGCAGAGGGUUAAGGCCAGACUUCACGAGAUCAUGCAGAAAGAUGAAAUCUUCACAGAAGAAGAUUUUGACAGGCUGGCUCCAACAUGCAGCAGCUCUCUGGUGAACUCUAUGAAGGCUGUGGAGAAUCCAGUAAGUACGUGUGAUCAAGUCUACACCCUUGUCCAGAGCCUCACCUCACAGAUCCGCAAAAGACUUGAAGACCCCAAAUCAGCAGAUUUACAGCUGUACCACAGUGAGACACUGGAGAUGAUGCUGCAGCGCUGGUCUAAGUUGGAAAGGGACUUCCGCAUGAAGAGUGGCCGCUACGACAUCAGCAAGAUUCCUGACAUUUACGACUGUGUUAAGUAUGACGUGCAGCACAACGUCUCUCUGGGCCUGGAGGACACAUACGAACUCUUCAAGCUCUCUAGAGCACUAGCCAACACUGUCAUACCACAGGAGUACGGCAUUAAUAAGGUGGAGAAGCUGGAUAUUGCGUAUGCCUACUGUCUGCCUUUAGUGAAGAAGAUUCAGCUUGACCUUCAGAGGACACAUGAGGAUGAGUCUGUAAACAAGCUGCAUCCACUAUAUUCACGUGGAGUGCUGUCACCAGGUAGGCAUGUCCGAACUCGGCUGUAUUUCACGAGCGAGAGUCAUGUCCACUCACUGCUUAGCAUCUUCCGUUAUGGUGGCCUAUUGGAUGAGGAGAAGGACCAGCAGUGGAAGAGAGCCAUGGAUUAUCUGAGUGCCGUGUCUGAGCUCAACUACAUGACCCAGAUCGUCAUAAUGCUCUAUGAAGACAACAAUAAGGACCCAUCCUCUGAAGAACGCUUCCAUGUGGAACUGCAUUUCAGCCCUGGGGUCAAAGUAUCUGAGGAGGAGAGCGCUCCGAUGGGCUUUGGCUUCCGACCAGCCUCUGCUGAAAAUGAUCAGAAGCAAACAGACCCUGGUAGUUUGGAAAAUCUCGUACAAGAUGAGCCUGACCGCGCUUUGCCCCUUUCAGAGGCCAUCAGCACCCAGAGGAAAUCCCCUCUGAUCCGGAACCGCAAGACUGGCUCCAUGGAGGUCCUGUCAGAAAACUCGUCCUGUAAAGGUGGCAGCUAUCGCCUCUUCCCCUCCUGCUCACGUCAGUCUCCAGAGAUGAAGCAGAGCGGAUUAGGCUCUCAGUGCGCUGGCCUCUUCAGCACCACCGUCCUGGGGGGCUCCUCUAGUGCCCCCAACCUUCAGGACUACGCACGCACACACCGCAAAAAAUUCUCCUCGGGCAGUUUGACCUAUAAAGACGGAAUCCAAAAAAGUUUGAAGCAAAAACAUGAGUUGUUGUCUAUGCCGGCAGUAAAGCGAUUUUCUGUGUCGUUUGCAAAGCAUCCGACUAAUGGUUUUGAAGGCUGCUCCAUGGUGCCUUCCAUCUACCCCCUCGAGACCCUCCACAACUCACUCUCACUCAAACAAGUCGACGAGUUCCUGACGACUAUGUGUGAGAAUGCAGGAGAUUCCCACACCAGGACAACCAGAGCUCUCUCAGCCAUGUUUGACUCCCAGAACCAGCCCGCAGGGGACUCUUACAUCCCUCACAGAGUGCUGUCCUCCUCUGUUUCACUGCGCCAGCGUUCUGAUCGGCCACCGUGGUACAGCAGUGGUCCCUCCAGUACGGUGUCAAGCGCCGGCCCUUCGUCUCCCACUACUGCUGACACCUCCCCACGCUUCAGCUUCAGUGAGAAGAUCACCCUCACACCGCAGAGCAGCGAGGAGAUCCACCCAGCCCCUCACAACAACAUCCUCUGCGUGUCCUCCACAUCUGCACUCAGCAGCACUGAAACCAGUCUCCCUUCUGAGGACCCCCACCCGUCAAUACCAUCUCCCAUCCUGGAGAGACCCAGUGAAAUAGCAGUGGAUGGCACAGACUCUGCAGGCCAGUGUCUGACAGAGAGCCCCUGCUGUGACGAAGCACCAAGUCCGGCCCCUGCGGAGCCCAGUGCUCCUUGCUCACACUUGGCCGACAGUCUGCCAACGGAGUCCUUAUGUGGUCUUCCCGGCUCUCUGCCUGUGCUCCUGGAGCUCAGAGAGAGCAGCUCAGAGACCGGCUCCAGCGCCCAGACCCCGCUCACCCCUGAGGAGCCAGAUGAGUUCUUUGAUACGCAUGAAACGGUUGAUGUGUGGAGGGGAAGCACGGGGACCCUUCCCCACCCUGGCACUCCUCUAGAGGUGGGAGCUCCCCAUGUGCCUGAGCCGUGAAGGAAACGCAGACUGGGCAGCUCCCUCAUACCUGUGUCCUUCACCCCAUCUCAGCACGCUCUCACUGUAGUGCCUCAGACCUUCAUAGAGUCCCAUACAAGUCAAAGUGGGAUUUGCCUACACAGUUUAAGGGAAGUUGAGGAAAUGGAGGCCCUCUCAGCGCAGAUGCUCCUGUUGAAAAUCUGCUUCCUGUGUAAUGCCUCACUCUAGUCAAAUGGCUAGUGAUCAAACAUAAGCUGUUAGAUACACUGAAAUUUUUUUCCGUGCACAUAUUACCUUCCUCGUCUCCAAAUGACUGCAUUUUUUUCUUCAUUAGCUGGUCUGGAAGAUAUUUUUCAAAGGGACAUGGUAUUUGAUAUUAGUCAAGCUGAACUCUUGAAUAAUGAACUUGCAUAGCUUAAUGUAUUUUAAAGGGAUAGUUGCCCUAAAAUUAAAAUGGUCAUCAAUUACUCACCCUCACGUCAUUCAAA